CAAUCAUGGCGGACAGCAAAGCGGACUUCUGCUCUUUUUCCGAUCGUCAACAAGUAGUAACCACCAAACUGAGCCUUGAUUGGGACAUUAAUUUCUCAGAGAGGAAGAUUAAUGGGUCUGUCCAAGUAGCUGUCCGAACUCUGGGCAACGAUGUUGCCAAGUUGGUUUUGGACACCAAAGAUCUAACAAUCUUCAGCGUGUGUGAUGAAGUGACCGGCGAAAAGCUUGACUUCCAUCUGGCUGAACCCGAUAAGGCUCUUGGUACAUCCCUAAGUAUAAAGCUUCCCUCAAGUGCUCAAACAAAAGGGGCGGAGUGUACGAUCAGGAUUACCUAUGAGACUUCACCAAGCGCCUUAGCUCUGCAAUGGUUGAAGCCAUCGCAAACCGCUGGCAAGAAUCACCCAUAUCUCUUCAGUCAAUGUCAGGCUAUUCAUGCACGCAGCAUGAUACCUUGUCAAGACACCCCAGGAGUCAAGGCACCAUACGAGGCAAAGGUGACGGUACCUGUAGAUUUAGUGGCCCUUAUGAGUGCGGAGCGGCUUGGAGAUGAACUGUGUCCAUCGGAUUCUUCAAAGAAGACGUUCCUCUUCAAGCAGUCCGUUCCGAUUCCAAGCUACCUCAUCGCUAUCGUUGUUGGACUCCUAGAGAGCAGGACGAUUGGUCCUCGUUCUAAAGUGUGGUCUGAGAAGGAGAAUGUUGACGAGGGAGCUUAUGAAUUCGCUGAGACGGAGGAGAUGUUGUCGAUAGCCGAGGAGCUGAUGGGCCCUUAUGUCUGGGGGCAGUAUGACCUUCUCAUACUCCCGCCAUCCUUCCCCUAUGGUGGAAUGGAAAAUCCCUGCCUUACGUUUGUCACAGCAACUUUAUUGGCUGGAGACAGAUCCCUUGCCAAUGUUGUAGCCCAUGAGAUUACCCACAGUUGGACGGGCAACCUAGUCACAAACUGCAGUUGGGAACAUUUCUGGCUGAAUGAGGGAUUCACAGUCUUUGUGGAGAGGAAGAUUGCCGCCAGGAUGCAUGGAGAAAAACAAAGGCACUUUGAAGCCAUUGGUGGAUGGAAAGACUUGCAAAAUGGGGUGGAGAGAUUUGGUGUAACCCAUGGGUAUACGAAUCUCAUUCCUUCUCUAAAGGGGGUCAACCCUGAUGAUGCUUUCUCAGCGGUGCCAUAUGAGAAAGGUUCCACACUACUGUUUUACCUGGAGACCCUAGUUGGAUGUAAAGAUGAGUUUGAGGAGUUCUUGCGUUCCUACAUUCAGAAGUUCAAGCAUCAAAGUAUUACAACCCAAGACUUCAAAGAUUACCUCCUCUCCUACUUCCAAGAUAAGCAAUCUGUGUUUGACGAUGUGGACUGGGAUGCUUGGUUCUUUCAACCUGGGAUGCCCCCUAUCAAACCAAGCUAUGAUACAUCACUGAGUAGUGGAUGCUUAGAUCUCUGUCAGCGUUGGUGUCACUCGUCGUCCACUGACCUCCACAGCUUCAGCUCGGAGGAUCUCAAGCUGCUGACCUCUAAACAGGUCGUUGAAACUUUGUCACUGCUACUGUUAGAGCCACCGCUAAGUCUGCAGCACAUCGAGUCAAUGAAGGACUGUUAUAAGCUCGGAGCUAGUGGCAAUGCUGAGAUCAAAUUUCGCUGGUACCGGCUGUGUAUUCGGGCAGAGUACCAGCCGAUCAUACCACAGGCCCUGGACUUUGCCGUCAAGUGGGGCAGACUGAAAUUUGCCAGAAUACUUUUUGGGGAUCUGUUCAAAUUUGGAGUUGCCCGCGACCAAGCCAUUGCGAGGUUCCAUCAACACAAAGCAGAUAUGCACCCUAUAACAGCCGCCAUGGUAGAGAAAGACCUGCUGGAAGGACAACAGUCCAGUGUAUGAACUGUAGGAUCAUUGUAAGCAUCAGCUUUGGUUGGAUUUGUCUAACAAAGCUAACAGACAUAAUCACUACAUCUAAAUAUGAAUUAUUAAAAUACUCGGGUCUAAUCAGAACCAGGGGUGGAUUUCACAAAGAGUUGAAAGACUAGUCUUAUCUCAAGGCAGGACAAGUUACUUGUCCUAACG